AUGCUGCCUCGUGCUUCCUCGGUAUCUUCUGGCUCAACCACCAGCUCGGGUACCGCGACACCCACAGCGAGAGCUCUUCCAGCUCGCGGACUCCUUUCAGCGUCCACCUCCAACAGAUCCCUGUCUGGCAGCACCGCCAGAACCACCGACGCCGCCCAGCGCCCUUUCCCUCGACCCGGCGCUCAGAUACCUUCAGCACGUGAACGUUCCGCGCCUUUUGUCGCUCCCCGACAUAGCCUGGCUGCUUCCGCCAUGGCAUCUACCUAUGCCGCACACAACCAGAUUCCUUCAAUUUUUGGCUUCUACUCGCACGAUGCAAACCCUACCACGCAAGUCAGCACCGCCAAUGCAUCCACCUACCAGCCGCCCGUCAAUUGGCGCCAGCCAGCCUCUCGGACCGCACCAACUCAUCAGCGCGCCGGCUCCAACUCACCCGUUCCGGCUCGAGCAGUCCAAGCCGCCUUCCAAUCACCCAUCUCCAGCCCACGAACUGGAGCCUUGAGCUUUUACGCGCCUGCAGCUCAGCGAAGUCAAGCUCGCAGCACGUUCAGUAGUUCGACUGCUUCGCGUUCCGAACAGCGAAGGUAUAACUCGCAAUCAGCAGUCACUGGGCCCGACUCGAAUCUGCCGUCUUUCCAUCUUCCCACUGAGCAGCCUACUUUCGAAGAGACGACCACCAUCUCCUUCACUUGGACCAUCCGCGACCUGCAUCUGCUGCGCGAGGAAGUGGAGCUCUCUCCUCCACCAUCCGAAGGAGGCCGGUCGGUCAGCGCCGGUGCAGGAAAGAGUGAUGUCUGGACGAGUCAACCUGUCUUUGGCGACAACAAGUGGAAGGUCGAGCUCGUUCGUACCACCCGGCCCCUUCCGGGCGAGGCACAGGCUCCUUUGAAUGGCUUGCACAAUCAUGUGGACGACGAAGAGACUACGCCGGCCUCCACCACAAGCGUCGAUCCAAUCGCUAUACAAGAUGAUGACGCGACCGCAAACGCUCCACGUUCCAGCAUCACCAUCCUUUCGGUCUACUUGACUGCUUUGGUCCUGGACUACACGAACGCCGACGUCGAGAUUCCCGCUUCCAUCAUGCUGGGGCUGCGACCGGUUCGCGCCGCUGUCGGAAGGAGUGGCGCAGAAAGCGGCGGCUAUCUGUGGCGACGCUUCUACGACUACACCUUCCAGAAAGAAGCCGACCUUUUCACCUGCCACGACCUACCAAGCGUUUCUGAGAUGCUUCGAGAUAGCAGCGUAGCACGCGAUGAUGCGGUUACGUUGACCCUUCAGCUUGGCCUAGGGCCUGGCCACUCGCGCGGCAGGUCCAGCCAGCUCGACGACGGUGCCUUGACCCGUGCACCAAUCGAAGUAAAAGGCCAUCAUCUGGUUCCCAGGGCCAUGCUCAGUUCCUUGCACGGCUUGCUCGAUGACGCCAACACGGGCGAUGUCCGUAUCUUGGUGCGCGAGAGAGGUGUCUUGCUUCCUGGCUCAUCCGAGAGAGACUCCAUGUCCGAUGACGGUCACUUCGAUGGGACCAUGGCCACCGACAGUGGGCGCAUCGUGCCCUACCCCGUCGGGUCGAGCUUGCCGGCUUCCUCGGCUGAAACAGAGGCAGGCACUUCCGCUCCCAUUGAGGACGACCCAGACCGCAUCUUCGUGCGCGACCGUGUCUUGUGGGCGCAUGCGAGCGUGCUCAAGAGCCGCAGCGACUACUUCAAGACCAUGCUCACCUCGGACUUCAGCGAGGGGAUCAGCCGUAGCUACGGUGAUCCUGAUAUCAGCGAGGGGCGCGGCCGCAACGUCCGUACUCUACAAAUUUCCGACGCCGACUUUGUCACUGCCUACCGGUUCUUGCGAUAUCUCUACACCGACGACAUUCAUUUCGCCGAUCAGGAAGACGUGCGCAGCGCUAUAUUGGACGAGGAAUGGGCGAGGGGUGCUGAUCAGGGCUACCUCACGGUCGGAUCAGCGAACGAAGACACCAACCACCACGGCAUGCGCCAAAGUAUGCUUUCGAAUUGGACAUCCAUCUCGCAGCUCAAGGAAUUCAAUGACUUUGAGAUGGACGACGACACAAGCUAUGCAUCGCCAUCGGAUGCUACACCGGGCAGGCGACGAGACUUGUCCGGCUCCUUUGUCCUGCAGGGAUCAUCCUUGCACACUGCCGCGUCGACGUCAACUGCUGCUACGACAUCUGGAUCUCUUCGACAGAGGACAAGCGCAGCCUCAUCUGGAGGCGUUGUUGGUAGCGCUCGCCCCUUGUCGGCCCCGAACUCACCUUCAGCCGCCACAGGCGCAGGCGGAGCAGGCAAGCAUCACGCAGCGGACGGAACUGCAGCCCACCGCACAAUGGCGGAAGCAUCAGCGACUGGGACCUCAGGCUCACUCGAUCCGCACGACCAUCCAUGCGCUGACCCCGGACCCGCCUCUGCCCUUUCGAUCUACAAGCUCGCCCAUCGCUACCACAUGCAGGAUCUGUCAAGACUCGCGGCGCUCCACAUGGUCGCGACGCUGACACCGCAGUCGGCGUUCCCGAUGCUGCUCGCCACGUCGAUGUACGAGGAGCUCCAUGCUCAGAUCAAGACGUACGUCUACCAGCACUGGCACCUCGUAUCGCACACGCAAGAGUUCGAGCGUUGCUGCGACGAGGUCUCGGUGGGCAUGUGGGGAGCCGAUGCGGGCAAGACGAUGCGAGCGUUUGUGAGGAGUUUGGUCUCGCCGCUGCGGGCUGCUCAGGGUUGA